AUGGAGUAUACAUAUGGACAAUCAAAUGAUUAUCCACUUCGAAUUCUUGUACCAAGUGAUUCUGUUGGAGCUAUUAUUGGUAAACAAGGUUCAACAGUUAAACAAAUAAAACAAACAGCACGUGCAAAAAUUGAUGUCAAUAAAAAUGAAUCAUUACAUAGUCAAGAACGUAUGAUUAUUAUUCGUGGUCAACAAGAUAAUUGUAUACAAGCAUGUCGUGAAAUACUUCGAAUUAUGUAUGAAGAUGCAAAAAAUAAAAAUAAAUCAAAUGAAAUUAUAUUAAAAGUACUGGCACAUAAUAAUUUUAUUGGUCGAAUUAUUGGUAAAGGUGGUAAUAUAAUAAAUACAAUAAAAAAAGAAACUGAUACAAAUAUUACUGUUUCAAGUAUAAAUGAAUUAAAUUCAUAUAAUACUGAACGAGUUAUAUCAAUUAAAGGUGAAUUUGAUCAACAAAUACGUGCAUUAGAAACAAUCUAUAUAAAAUUAUGUUUGGCAUAUGAGAAUGAAAAUGCUCGAGCAUGGAAUUAUACAUCACAAUAUUAUCAACAACAACAAUUUAUGCAAAAUUUUGCACAACAUGCAGCUAUGAUAGCUACUGUUGGUACUAAUGGUCCACCGUUAUUACCUAUGCAUUAUUCUCAACCACAACAGCAACAACAACAACAACAAUCGAUGAUUCAUCAAACAGAAACAAAUAAUAGUAAUGGUUCUUCAAAUAAAUAUGUUGAACAACAACAACCAAAUCUAAAUACAAUUUAUCAAUCAUCUUAUUACCCAACAAUGUUUCCAACAUCAGGUCCAUUUUAUAUGUCUUAUCCAUCAUCAAAUUCAAUAAUUGCUUCACAACCGAAUCCCUAUGCUAAUGAAAAUUUUGCUCAUCAACAAGAUCAUAUACAACUAUUACAAAAUGUACCUGUUGCUAUUGAAACCGUUCAUUUAUAUGUACCAAAUACAGUUAUUGGAGCAAUUAUUGGUACUAAAGGUCUUUUUAUAAAAAGUAUUAUGAAAAAUUCAAAUGCAACGGUUAAAAUACAUCCUAUUAGUCAAGAUGAAGAUCAAAAUAAAAUUAUUGAUCGACAAGUAACAAUAACAGGAACACCUGAAGCUCAAUGGAAAAGUCAAUAUUAUAUUUAUGAUAAAAUUCGACAAGAAGGUUAUGUUGGUGAUGAUGAAGUUCGACUUCGAGCAGAAAUAUAUGUACCAACAUCAUUAAUUGGACGUUUAGUUGGCAAGGGUGGCCAUAAUGUCCGUCAAUUACAGCAAUCAACAGGUGCAAUUAUAAAAUUACCUGAAGAUUCACAACAAACAUCAGCUAGUGAAGUACCUGUCAAAAUCAUUGGUCCUUUUCCAGCUAGUCAAUUUGCUCAACGACGUAUACAAUCCAUUAUACAGAUGAGUCGUGAUUUAACUAAUAUAUCAAAGGAUGAUAGUAAUAAUAAUAAUAAUAAUAAUAGCAGUAGUGAACAAUUAAAUGGUAUAAGUCAAAAUAAUCUCAAUGAAACAUCGACAAUGGUGAAUGGAAGUAUAAUAAGUGAUGAUGCUGUUGUUGCUUCGAGUACUUUACCGAAUACGGAUGAUAGUGUAACAACAGUAGAUGAUCAAAAAUCGAGAGAAGAAUGA